CUGCUCUCCUGUGGAUUCUAGGAGCAGGAAAUCCAGGAGCUGGCAGGAGGGGAAUGAACCGUGAGGGCGUCCCCGGAAAGAGUCCGGAGGAGAUGUAUAUUCAGCAGAAAGUCAGAGUUCUACUCAUGCUGAGGAAGAUGGGAUCAAAUCUGACUGCCAGCGAGGAGGAGUUCUUGCGCACGUACGCAGGAGUAGUGAACAGCCAACUUAGCCAACUCCCUCAGCACUCCAUCGACCAGGGUGCUGAGGAUGUUGUGAUGGCAUUUUCCAGAUCAGAGACAGAAGACAGAAGACAGUAACUACAGGACACCUGAACAACACAGAGCUGGAGAGGACAGUGAGAUUCCUGAAGAUAGAGGAGGAUGGCUGAGCGUUACUAAGUUCCUUUGCCCACCCUAAUUGUUCCUUGGUAUUCCUUCUCCUUUGUAAUGUUGUUUCCCUUUGCCCAACCCUCCGAAUGCAUCUCACAGCCAUCUAUUCCUGUCAGAUUUUGCUGCUCAGCAGGGCUGUGUUCAUUCAGGGCAAAGCUAAAGGUGUAUUUUUGGUUGGCUCAAAGGGACAGGCUGUGGUUGGCUAAAGGAAGGCAAUUUUUCAAACUUGACCAAUGGAAACCUUUUCUCUCACAUUUUAUUUUCUAUUUUAAAGUAAGUCUCUUGACAUCCUACUUCUAAAGAAGCUUUUCAUGCUGUGGUGCUUAUUUAGGUCAAACUUGUGAAUUUGAAGAGGGUUUGAUUUGGCUGCAUAGAACUGGAAGCAACUUGUGAUUGGUUGACAAUGCAAAUGCUUUCCCUUCAGUUGGCUUGCAGGUAUUUUGCUGACUCCAACACUUUCAUUGCAGGAAGCUGAUGUUUUGGUGCAUUGGUUCUUUCUUUAUACUUACUGACUCGGGGAGGGGAAGAAGACAAAUGUGCUUUGCAAUAUUUAUUACAUGUACAC